CGGCAAGAGAGAACUUGCACAUUGCCUCUCGAGUAUGUAGCGAUAUCUGUGAGGGUGCAUGUAAUCCGGAAUUAGAAGACGAAUUAAGCGAAGGAUGGCAAUCUAAUGCUAAAUCUAAUGAAGAACACUACAAUAAAUGAUUCUCAUCUGCCCGCUGUACAGGAGGCAGUUAGAAAAGCGUUCCGACGGCAUCAGAUCAACAAUACGACUAUUUAUGGGUCGUCUUCAGACAGCGACGAUGGAGUUUUACGUGCUGCGAGCCACACUUUGCAAUUAUAUCGUAAGACAAAGCCUACAGAUAAUGAAUAUCAUUUAAUGGCACAGAAAAUUCAGGCGUCGUACCGCGCUUAUGGAGUUAGACGACGUUAUAAAAAUAAUAAAGUAUCGGUAGACAAGAAUAAAAUUGAGAAGAAAAAUAUUCAUUUUGACAUCCAGAUCAAUGAAUCAGACGUGUCUCCUACUCAGUCACAUCUUAAUAUAUGCAAUAUUUCAUCAAGUUCACUAGCUGGAUCGCAUUUGAGUCUACCCAAAUACAAACCAUAUUCUGUCCACAACUCCAUCACACUUGGUGAAUUAGACAAAACACCAGACAGAGAACAUACAGUCACAGAUUAUACAAAUAAUUUGAAUACAACCAGUUACAAUAAUGUAUACCGUAGAAGGAAUAUAAAUGUUGAUAACGAUGCGAAAACAUUCAGAAAUGAUGAUAAUGAAAACAUUAAUGAUUCCCGAGAAGAUAUUGACGAUGUAGUAAUUGAUGCUGAUGAUGAUUCUGAAAGGUCAAUUGAAGAAAUAUUCACAAAACACUGUCGAAGCGACGAUGAUUAAAUUUUGCUAAACGCUAGUCAAGAAAGAAGAAAUUCUGUACAGCUUCUUAAAACAUAAUUAUGAAGGGUCAAUAGAAGAAAUAUUUGCCAAACAAUCUUGAAGCGGUGGUGAUUUAAAUUUGGUAUUUGUCAAGAAUUUAUUACUUCUUGUGAAGCGUUUCAUCAUGAUGUAAGAAGCACUAAUUAUGAGGACGACUUAGGCUUUCCGGCUACUAGAAGGGAGACCCCAAGCAGCGCCCGAUCAAGAAGAAAGAAAGAAAGAAAAUUGUUUAUUUGGUACACUAAAAAUAAUUUUUAAAAUUAAAUUUACAUUUAUAUUAAUAAUUAGAGUACCAACUAGGUCUCCGCUCAGCAUAUGUCGUGACGGGGACUAGUUGCCGCUUCCCCCCAGGUCCAACUAAGACCGGGAUAAACCCAUUUCUAAUACAAUUCACUUUAGUAUCUAAAAUACUACCGACACACUACGCUCGUCGACUGAAUGCCGUGACUUAUUCAAUGAAAGGGGAUUAUUCAAAUCCCGACCUCCGUAUUUAUAUAUUGUUAAUUUGAAAUUAUAGACAAAUAUUUCAAUUUUAUUUAUUUGUAUAAACAAUAACAAGAGUUAGGUAAACUUCAUUAUAGAUAAAUUCAA